AUGAGGGCGCAGUAAUGGUUUCGGCCUCCUGCGCACCGGCUUCAGCACAUAAUGAGCCACUGAUACAACCUGCUUAAACUGCCACAUUGACGCCCGCAAAUAUGGGCUUGAAGCAACUCGUUUCCUGAGAUACAGUGCGCACUUCUUUGACCGCUCAAUCCGCAAUUUCAGAGAGCAUGGAGGUCAGCAUCAUGCAGAACAAUUGUGACUGAGCGACUGUGGGAACUGGCGCAAAGACUUAUUGCCAGCGGUUGGCGUCCGCAACGCUUUACUGCCUACUUCGCCACUCCUCCAUCAAUCCGCGCGCAGGCAUUCAAGCACCUCGGCUGGCUAGGCCACGGUAGCUAUGGCGACGUGCAGCUUUGCCAGGUCUCGACGGCCGCGGCGAAAACUUUGCUCGGCGAGGAUAUUCAUGAAGCCUCGGCGCAGCAGUUUGUGGCUUUGAAGACCUGGCGGGCAGCUCAUCACGAUCACAAGAUUAUGCGAAUAGCACUCCGCGAGGUUACCGUGCUCAAUGGCCUCAGCCACUGCAACAUUAUCAAGUUGCGGCGGGCGUUCCGCACCCCCUCUGGCCGCGUCUGCAUGGUGUUCGACUACGGCGGCUCUUCGGCGCAGCAGGUGUUGGAGGACCGCUACCCCCUCGGCUUCCCGGGGCCGCAGCUGAAGCGCCUGGCCUUCCAGCUGCUGCAGGCGCUCAAGUACUUGCACUCGCGCAAGAUCUUGCACCGCGACGUCAAACCCGCCAACGUGCUUCUGGACUCAGCUGGCGUGCUGAGGCUGUGCGAUUUCGGGUUUGCCCGGUUCACGUGUGAGGAGGCGGCCAUCGCCGCCAAGGCCGACUUGCGAGCCGCAGCCAGCAGCGACCGACUGACGCCCUACGUGGUCACGCGCUGGUACCGCGCGCCCGAGGUGCUGCUAGGAAUGCCGUACGGGCCCGGCGCAGACGUCUGGUCUUUCGGUGCCACGCUGGCGGAAUUGGCAACCGGCGAGCCCCUGCUCCCCGGCGACUCCAGCCUGGACCAGCUGGCACGCAUCAUGCGCGCCACCGGCCCGCUCAACCCCCACAUGGCCACCUGCCUCUCCCGCGACCUGCGCACACCGCUCACCAGCCUCCUCGCCAACCACGCGGCGCAGAAAGGCCCCAAUGGGCUGCUGCGCCAGACGCUGGGCGCGCGGCUGUCGCCGGCGCUGCUAGACCUGAUCGAGGCGUGCCUGCGGCCUGACCCCAAGGACCGGCCCACCGCGGAGCAGCUGCUGCGGCUGCCGUACUUCCUGGACGCGCCGCGGCUGUUUGCCGGAAGCGCCCUUGAGGUGCACUACGCCAAGGACCCCGUGUUCGCCGCCAUGCGCAGCCCGGCAGCAGCGCUGCAGCAGGCCACGGAGGCAGCGGCCGCCGCGGCGGCGGCGGUAGUGAGCGGCGCGGAAGGAUCCGCCGGGUGCCUGGCGCAGCGGCCGGCGGCGGACACCACGGACGCAGGCAGGGCGGCGUGCAAGGCCAUGGACGCCGCGGCGGCGGGCUGCAACGGCAGCGGCCAAGCGGCGGUGGCGGCGGCGCCGCCUGCCGCCGCCACACCGGCUGCCGCGGCGACAACAGCGGCUGCGUCCAUGGCGCACCACCGCCGGUAUGACUACGCGCCGCCGCAGCAGGAGCGCGCGGCGGAGCGGCAUCACCGGCACCUGGCGGCGCGCGCGCACGCCGGCCGCGCCGACAACCGCAGCAUGGCGGCCAGCAGCGGCGACACCUCCGACAGCGGCGUCAGCGGCGGCAGUGGCGGCAGCGUCAACGCGACGGCACCGCCGGCACAUACCACCAGCGGCCUCAGCAGCAUCACAAUGUCGAGCAGCAGCGCCGACUGCGCGCCGCCGAGCGCCAUGAUGAUGCGCACGCGCACCAGCUGCAGCGGCAUGACCACCACCACCACACAGGGCAACAGCGGGCGUGACACGUCGACCGCGCCCAGCUGCAGCCUGGACGGCAACACCGCCACCUCGGCCGUGGUGGCCGCAGCUGCGGCCGCUGUGGUGGCCGCAACGGCCGCUGGCUGCGGGGGCGGCUCUUGCACCGUCGGUGCUGACGCAGCAGCUGCAGAGGCGUGCGGCCGGACCGCGCUGGCGCAGGGCGCAGACGCCGCGCGCCGGAGCAUGGGCCUGCACAAGCGCCAGGCUUCAUCCGUUAAUGAUGCUGUCAUGGACGAGACGGGGUCAGCGCCCCUGCAACCGAAGCUAUCGGAAGCCACUGCUACGGAGGUGCCAGCGGAGGAGGUGUGGCGCGGCGAUGCCAACAAGUCGCGCCGCCUGGCCAGCACUAUCCUACCGCCCGACAAAGAGAUGACCACACGCACAUCCUCGCUGGUGCAGGACGCCGUCGCUGCUGCAGCCAUGGCCGCAGCCGUGGCAACAGCCACGACUGUUGUGCAGCCGGCGCCCGAGGGCAAGAGCGGCGCAACUGACUACCACGCCUGCCACAGCCAUGAAGUGUCCACUCGUGCCGCGGCGGCGGCAAGCGCUUUCGCCACCGCCGCUGGCAGAGCUGUCGCCGCUGCUGCGGGCACCGCCGGCGCGGCGGCUGCGGCGGUCAACUCAGUCAAUGUUGUGGUCAGCCCCGUCGUGGCUGCGGAGGGCACCGGCAGCAACAACAGCAGCGCCCCCCUUGGCUCUCACACACCAGGGCCAACUGCGCAGACAGACGCGCAUGCGGGCUACGUUGCGUCACCCAGCCGUCUUUGCAAGCACGGCUAUGAUGCCACCGAGUCUCCCUUUGUGUCCGCCGCCGCUCCUUUGCUCGACACCGGCCUGAGAGGACUGCCGGCCUCCACCACGUGCACUGAGGAGCAGCAGCCCACAGCCGCCUCCGCGAGCGGGCCGCUCUUCAUCACGCUACCUGCCACUUUUGUGGCGGCCGCUGCGCCGCUGGCCGGCGGCGUCCCCGCCGCCGGCAACCCUGAUGCUCAGGUCCGCAGCCAUGGCGAUCCCGCCGCCGCCGCCACCGAGCUGGCGGCGGCCUCUGCCGCCUCGCUGCAGACCGCCGCUGGCGUGCCCGCCGCCGCCGCCAUGGCUGCCGCCGCCAUGGCAGCUCGGUCAAGGUCCAUGUACGGAAGCAGCGGUCCUCGCGACGGCGCCGCCGCUGCAGCGGCACAUGCGUCUCGGACGUCAACGGCGCCUAACGCUGCCAGUGGUCCCAGCGGCAUGGUGCUCUGGAGCCACGGCUGGUCCGAGCGCAUCGACACAGGCUCCAGCUACGGCACCGUCUGUGGGCCCGCCGCAGGCCCCGCCUUGCCGGCGGUGCACCGCGAGACUUCGUAUGGAUGCUACGGCGUUGGCGUAGGUGCCAGCGGUAGCGCCUUUGCGGUGAUGGCGGCCGCGGCGGCGCUACCCUCGGGUGCCAGCCACGGCAACGGCCACGGCAACAGUAUCUACAACGGCAUCUUGACGAGCGUCGCCAACAUCCCGACGAUCUUCCAGGCUCAGGUGCAAACGCUGCCCUCCAGCGAUUUCCCGUUCUACAGCUCGGGUCACUUCGCCGGUGUCGCAGUUGCCCCAUCCAAGCCGCCGUCGGUCGCAACCGCCGCACGCGCCGCCAACGCCGCAGCCGCCAACGCCUGCGCAGCCAUGAUGGCGGGAGCACCGCCGCUCGGCAGCAGCCCGGGCGGCCACGCGGACGGCGAUGACGGCGGUGUCAGUGCGCAAUGGCUUGACAGCAACCCAAACCUGCGUAUGCAGCGGCGCGGCAGCUUCCGGCAACAUGCGAGCUUUCGCGGCAGUAGGGGUGGCAGCGCGAUGCUGGCGGCGGCGGCGGCGCACCACCACCAGCAACAGCAGCUGCACCAGCAGCAGCAGUCAGUGUGCACUUCUGCGAUGCUGGCCCAGGUGGUGGCGGCUUCGGAAUCAAACCCGUGCAGCACUCGAACCGCCAAGGCCAAUGUCAACGCCCACAACCACAACGAAGCGCUAGACAGCGGCUGCGUCACCACCACCAUGAGCAUUGGCGGCUGGGACUCGCCCGUCCCUGACGGCCACGCCGCCAGCGCUGACGGUGCGGGCCUGGUGGUGGCGGCCGUGGCGGCGGCGGCAGCCGGCGGCGCCACCGCGCCGCCUCCCAUGCGCGUCUCAGGCGGCGGACUGCGCGACAUUGCCGCGGCACACGCGGCAGCCCACGGCGACGGCGGGCGCGUCAGCGUGCCCCCCGGCCUCGCCAGCAUUGUCUGCGGCGGCUGUGGCGGCGUCGGUAUUGCUCUCGACGAUCCGUCCCUGUCCGCGACCGCGACGGCAGCUGAUGCCGUCAAUGGCCGACUGGGCGGCGCCGCCACCCGGCAGAUGCUGGGCACGGCGCCGCGCCUGAGCCAGCGGCACAGCGCACCCACGGAGCCGCAGGGCCACGGCGGCGCCGGCGACCGCACCACGCUGUGGUCGCCCUCCACCGACUCCUUUGAGCAGUUUGACAGCCGCUGCCGGCACCUGCAGCUCAUGGGCAUCAGUGCGCACGACGGCGUGGGCAGCUGUGGAGGCGGCGGCGACGGCAGCAGCUGCUACAUUGCGGACGUCGGCGCGGCACUGGACAGUGCGGAUGCCGACGCCGUCCGUGGUGAUGCGGCGGGCUCGCGACUGGACGGCUGGGGAAGGACGUCGCUGCAGCGGCAUGAUGUCGCCGUGGAUGCUGCUUCUGCUGUUGCUUUCGGCGUCGCUGCACAGGUGCCGCUGCAGCCGCACGUGUAUGUGCGUCACCCGCAGCGCCCGCAGAACCACAACUCGCACAAGCAGCACCAGCACCAGUACCAGCACCAUGCCAACGCGCACGGCGGCAUGCAGGUUGGCGGCGGCGGCGGUGGCAGCAGCCUACGCGCGGUCAUGGCGGUGACGGCUGCGGCGGUGCGGCGCGCGUCGCUAGGUCCGAUGGGCCCCUCGCCACACGGCGUGUCCCUGCCGCUGGGACCGGUUCCGGAGGAGAUGUCGAUGAAGAGCAGCCACCGCAGCCGUGAAAGCACGAGGCCGCUGCAUAUCGGUGUCGCUGGCGUUGGCGGCGGCACCCAGAUCGCAGCCAGCCAAUUAGUCAGUUGCGCCUUGAGCGGAGCACUGACUGAUCUUGAAUGCGAUAGCAACGCCUCUAACCGCCUCAGCCGCGUGCAACAGUAUGCGCCGCGCUCGCAGCAGUCCGACUGCAGCGGCCAGCUACCGACAGGGCGGCGGAACAGCACGGCAGCUCGGGCGGCUGCUCCCAGCGCAACGCCGGCCGCUCCCGGCGUGCCCGCCGACGAUGCCCGCUCCCGCAGCGUUGCGGAAGCUGUGCCGACUCAGGGUGGCGGCAGCGGCAGCAACAGCGGAGGCAGCAAGGCAGCUGCAGCGUUGGCUGCGACGGCCUCGGUCGACUCCGCCUCCAAGCAGCAGAAGAGUCUGCUACAGCGCGGUCGGCGCUGGUUUCAGAAGCUUCUGCAGUCUUGACGAACAAAGCUGAAUAUCAACGCACUGCCUGGCCUGUUACGCCUGACCGAGCUACCGCCGGUGGCGGAGCAGCAUGCUCCAGCAAGCUCAUGAGGGUGGUCCCAGCUCCGCUGGUGGGACGUGCUUUAGAGCUUAAUGUAAGCUGUUGACAAAUGCACGCCCUUCGGUGAGCAUUCUCGCGCCUGCACAUUUGAUUAAAUAACAUUUACAUCACACGCAUGCAUGAUGCAUGGGUUUUGGGGGCGCCGUACGGUGCGGCGUCUGUGCCCCUCAGGUUUUUGUGGUGCCUGUGAUGAUUGCGCAUCAGCUUCAUGUCUGCAUUGUCGGAAAGGCUUGGUGUUGGUUGGUGCGUGGGACAUGCAACGCAUUUCGUCUUGGACCGCGGUGUGUCUACGCGAUGCUGGGAUAAAGGCCUCAAGGGCUGACACUUGACAGGAUGCCAAGGAAGAAGAGGGGUCGGCUGGCCACGCGACGUCCACGCGUGCGCUCUGCAAACGCCCCCACUGGCCCAAAGGCCCCCAAGCUGUGGCGUUUUUAGCAAGGUGGUUGUCUCGUUGGGUAGGCGGGACGCUAAGUCCCUCCAAGUGCCAAAAGAAAAAGCGCAUAAGGUCGAUCGAUCGCCACGAAUUGAGCUACAGCCUGCGAGAGAACUGGUUGAUGCAAAAGGCCCCUCGACUGGGAAAAAUUGCGACAAAACUCCCCUUAUUUCAUAAUUUCUAUAGCCGAGCAUGAGCUGCGAUGAUAAUUUCUAUAGCCGAGCAUGAGCUGCGAUUGCCACAAAAUGGUGGUCCGGCGCCAGGAUGGAUGGCGGCACAAGAGUCACAAGUAAGAUUACGUCGGUGCAUGCCCUAUAUGUGCUGCACAACCAAGAGCUGAGAGAGCAAUGAGAUUUACGAAGGGUAAAACUUUGUUGCGAGGGGUGUUCGGGCAUGUGAAGGGGUUUCGUGGGGCAUCGUGUAUGCAUCAGGGACAGGUUGUACUUGGUCGGUCAGACAGUGACAGUCCGCUAGGGCGGACUGUAUUUAGAAGCCGGAGCACUAGCAUUUGUAAAAGGAGCUGAGAUCGGUGCCGUGGUGAUACGGCGAUGUCCAUUAUCGUGAUUAUCAUGCUGACCAAAACGAAGGACAAGGAUAAGGAAGAGCGGACCUGAGUGGACUGGGGCAAGGAUCAGGUGCUGCACGCAAAGCGCCGGCGAAGGCCAUGAGUGUUGAGUCAUGUGGUGCGCUUCUGUGCAUGUGCAUGUAUGGGGAAGUGUCAUUUUUAUUUGGCGGGAGCAUAGAUGCACAUGGGAUCAUGCAUGAGAAUGCUGCGUACGCAAGUCCAUUGGUUCGGGGGGGGGGGGGCGUGACGCUAGCCAAGGCUUCGGAACGUGAGUUGAGACACAGGGUGGUAGUGCAUGGCGAAGGACGUGAGGUGCAGUUUGAGUAAACGUUUGCAGAGGUCCCUUCGGACCAUCCGUGGGGCUUUGACGCCUCCUGGGUGCUGCCGCGCAAAGGUGUUUGAUACCGACCGCAGCAGCAACAGAAGCGCCCAACAAUAAAUGUGUUCAUAUUGUCCUGGCAUGAUCAUGUGCAGGCAGUCCUCCAAAUAAGUGUAUGCGCGUUUCGCGCCCAUAUACACGCACGUGAGUUGGCAGGGCGGCCCUUGAAGGCCUUGAUCCUGCGGAGAUGGAUCACUACGGGUAGGCUAUGGGAAUUCUGCACGGGUUUGCUUCGUCAAGACAAGGUGGCACUGCAUGGGGUGCGUGCGCGCUCAGCACUGGUGGUGAGGACGCGAGACGCACGGGAGCCGACUAGGGUGAGCAUACCCGGUAAACCGUAUGCCUGUAGAUUGUUUGUCUCUUGGCUGGCGGCCUCACUUUUGAUGUACUGAUGUCACUGAGGCGCCGGGCAUGUGACGUCUGGCUGCGCGUGACUUGAGUGCGCGAUCCAAACAUGGUCAUAUGGUGACACGUGCAAGGGCACCUCAUUGACGUGUGUACGUGUGUUCCCCUAUCAGGUGUAGAGAUUCUAACCGGGCAUGUUGCCGCAGGCAGCGUACCGUAUGCUUUAUGCCAAACCCAUUUCCACAGCGGUGCCGGACCGCGGCCAUGGCACGUAACGCUCCGGCCUGUUGAAAUCUGGUCAGUAAACCAUUUUAUGUGAAUGGCGGCUGUGUUGCUGCCAGCCCGGUUUGUGUUACUUGGUUUCGACUAUUGUGGUGUUGGCUUUGUCGCCGGUACAAUGCUGUGUGCGCCAACAACUUGGUCGCACGGCCGCUAACGCAAUUGAAAGCGGCAGGCCACGUGUUGCAUGGCACCCGUGGAGGCCGCGGUCGCUGUUUGGAAUUUGAGUCCUCCUGGUGCGUGAGUUGAAUGCAUGCAUCGAAUAAUGCAACAUACCGUACGCUCACUUUCAAGGCACGCGGCCAGUAAGCGGCCAGCAAGCCUCUACUUGAGGGCUACCUAGCCUGGCAUUGGUGGGGCCCUAUUGCCUGUUGAGCAAGAUCAGUGAACAUUACUUAAUACAGUGGGAUUUGUGCAUGCACAGAUGCUCGAGGCGAUGAGUAGUACGCCAGCCAUCUGGGAUGGGGGCUCCAGAUAGGGAAGUAAAGGCUGGCAUGCAAUGUGGGCUAACAGGGCGCGUACAGCUUGGGGAAUCUCGCUGGAAGUGCUGUGUAGGUGGCCAUUCAGGGCAGGGUGAUCGCAUUCCACGUCACUGGCUCGUGAACUGCGUCAGCAGGUCCGUCUUGUAACCAAUGCAAUUUUCACUGGCGUUGUAACACCUUUGCUUG